GUUCUUCGCUCCUUUGAUGAAACCCAAUGGUAACUGUGGGUUGAGUUGCGUCAUUUGCCCCAGCAACUCCGGGGUUGCUCUGCUCCCCAGAGUACUGUAGCAGCAAACGUCGAAGCCCACGUUGGGUGCAGGUGUCUGAGGAGUUUGGAGCUGCUGGUUCAGAAUGUGGUGCGCGAGCCCAGCUGCAAUGGUGGCCGUUUGCGCCGGGCUUUGGGUCUCUAACCCGUUGACGACGCAGGGCCUGGAGGCCGGGGGGCGGUCGGGGGCUGACUGUGAAGUUUGUGAAGAAUUUUUGAACCGGUUCUACAACUCAUUGAUAGCCAGAGGAAUUAACUUUUCUUUGGACACCAUAGAAAAAGAAUUAAUCAGCUUUUGCUUGGGCGUCAAAGGAAAAGAAAACCGUCUGUGCUAUUAUCUAGGAGCAACCAAAGAUGCAGCCACAAAGAUCCUAAGUGAGGUCACUCGCCCAAUGAGUGUGCACAUGCCUGCGAUGAAGAUUUGCGAGAAGCUCAGGAAGAUGGACAGCCAAAUCUGUGAGCUGAAAUACGAGAAGAGAUUAGACUUAGCAUCAGUGGACCUGUGGAAGAUGAGAGUGGCAGAGCUGAAACAAAUACUGUACAGCUGGGGAGAAGAGUGCAGGGCCUGCGCGGAAAAAGCCGACUACGUGAAUCUGAUCAAAGAACUGGCACCCAAGUAUGCAGCAACGCACCCGAAAACAGAACUCUGACCCUCUGACGCUGGUGCACCAUUGAUUGUAAUUAGAUCCAAAUUGACUGUCUAGGAUAUGGAUGUGUUAGUCAAGCGUAACUGGGCACUGCACUGUGCAUGGCCUCAUGCAUUUUGUUUUGAUAGUACACAUCGGUUGCUUAGGUUUGUAAGUAAAAGUGUUAAUAUUAGUGGUACCUUACAUUUUCAGUAUACCAACACCUGAAAGUGCCUUUCUCAUAAUUUUAUUGUAAGGACUGUGUAAACGAUCAUUGACUACCUCCUGAAACUGGAAAAAGUGAACUACUGAAAACUGAUUCAGUAAAUUAAUUCUAAGGAGGAGAGUGCUCACAGGUCCCUCUCUGUGCACUAAUAUUUAAUUAAAUAGAUUGGAUUAGAACAAAAGGAACAAUGUUAACUUAUUAACUCCUGGCAUAAUAACCUGGCAUACUCAAAAGCUGUUUUGUUUUUUUAAAGUAAACUGUAUUACCAACUGCAAAUCGCUCUACGUUUUAACUCUCUUUGGUAUCAGAAAUGGGAGGGCAGGAGGUACUACUUGAAAUUAGUGUCUCACAUAAGAAGAAAACCUAUUUAAAACCUAUUUAAACAUACUUAAAGAAAAUAAAUGAAGAAUCCAGUCAAGUAUAGCCAAUGUUUUAGCAAAUUGUAUCAAUACUUGCACUGCUAAAUGAACAAAGCUCAAAGUCUUUUGCAUGCCUUUCUAUCACACAGUAGAUAAGCUUUUGAUAGAGUAUUAAAACACGCUAAGGGCACAUGCAGGCAACAUGAAGCUUUAGGCUUCCUAGUGCUAUUUUAUCAGCUUUCAAUUGUAAAAUCAUUUUGGCUCCAUUUUCUGGCCACAUAUGAAUAAGAUCCCACCAAAGAAGUGGCUGCCUCUGUGUGGCAAGUGGAAAUGGGGAAUGACUGCAGAGCAGCUCGAGGGAACUUUCUGGGGGUGAUGGUAUCUCCUAUAUCUUAAAGGUGGUUACAUGGGUGAAUAUCAUUGUCAAACUAAUCUGUUAGUGCAAUGGAGAUCUGGGCAUUUUAUUGUAUGUAAAUUAUAUCUAAAACACUGCUGUAGAAAAAUUAUUAACUAAAUAAUUAAA